ACGUCAGGGCCGGGGGCACACAUUUCUCGGGGGUGCAGACUGCGACAGAACACCUGUAAACAGUCCGCUUUGAAGCACAUUUGAAGAUGCGUGCUCUGCGGUGCCCUGCCUCUUUUCACUGCCAAGCCUACUUCCUGGUAGAUGAGGCAGCGCCUCAGGGUUGUCGUAGUAAGAGGCGGCAGCUGAAGUGAAGGUGGAGGCGGCUAUUAGUGGUCUGCAGUCGCGACACAGCAGUCAUUUAGCGCACUUUUUAUUUUUUAUUUCGCCCCUUUGGAGAAAAAUGGGAAGCACGGUGACGGAGUCCAGCAAGGAGAGCUCAAAGAAAAUGCCAAAAAAGAAGAGAAAUCUGCGGAUUAACAUGCCAGAUUUCGGUGCGCUUACUUCCUCACAAGUGGAGACAAGUGGCUCAAUCAAAAGGGGCGCUCAGACGGGAGAGCGUCACACCCGUUCAGCCAGCCCCACCAAAGGAGUGUCCGCGAGGAGCCCAGCCAGCACCUCUCUGCCUCUAUGUCCUCAGUCUGCUCCGGUGCAAUUGAGGGCCAGCUCAGGUUCCCCCAAAACUAUCUUCCCCUAUCCCUCUCAUCAGGACUCCCCACCCAAGUCCCCACGCCGCCUGAGCUUCAGUGGUAUCUUCCGCUCCUCAUCCAGCUCCACACCUGCAAGCAUCAAAAUCUUCUCCAGAACCAAGAGAGCCUCUGGACUCUCCACACCACCCACCACCCCAGCCCAGGCGUCCAGCCAACCGUUAUUUACCCAGGAGGCCCAGCCGAGCAGGCCCAGCCCCGAACGCCUGGAGGCGAGCUAUCGAUCCCGUUCAAUCUCCACACCUCCAGACACCGGUCAACGCCUCAGCCUUCCCUCUGCUAAACCACCGAUCCCUUCCUCGAGCCCUGUGACAUCUUACUCUACCUCGCAACAAGUCUACGGUUUAUUCGAAGGCAUGCUGGAGAAACUUGAACUAGAUGAUGAUGCUGCUGAACCUGAAAGUGAUAUUUACAUGCGCUUCAUGAAAUCCCACAAGUGCUAUGACAUUGUCCCCACAAGCUCCAAGCUGGUGGUGUUCGACACAGCGCUCCAAGUUAAGAAAGCGUUCUUUGCCUUGGUAGCUAACGGUGUGCGAGCUGCUCCGCUAUGGGACACAGAGAAGCAAAGCUUUGUGGGAAUGCUGACAAUCACAGAUUUCAUCAUCAUACUACACAGAUACUAUAAGUCACCAAUGGUGCAAAUAUAUGAAUUAGAGGAGCAUAAGCUUGAGACGUGGAGAGAGGUUUACCUACAAGCAACAUUUAAGCCUCUGGUCAACAUAUCACCUGAUGCAAGCCUAUUUGAUGCCGUGUACACCCUCAUCAAAAACAAAAUUCACCGCCUGCCUGUCAUCGACCCCGUCACAGGGAAUGCACUUUAUAUUCUCACACACAAGAGGAUCCUCAAGUUCCUCCAGCUUUUUAUGUGUGAAAUGCCAAAGCCAGCAUUCAUGAAGCAGACUCUCGGGGAGCUGGGCAUUGGUUCGUACCAGGACAUCGCUUUCAUCCACCCGUACACGCCCAUCAUCAAAGCACUCAACAUUUUUGUGGAGAGACGAGUGUCUGCCCUGCCUGUGGUAGAUGAGUCGGGCAAAGUUGUGGAUAUUUACUCCAAGUUUGAUGUGAUUAACCUGGCUGCUGAGAAGACGUACAACAACCUGGACAUUACAGUGACGCAGGCUCUGAAACAUCGCUCCCAGUAUUUCGAAGGAGUCAUGAAGUGCCAUAAGAUGGAAACAAUGGAGACCAUCGUGGACAGAAUAGUCAAAGCAGAAGUGCAUCGGUUAGUGGUGGUGGAUGAGCACUCCAGCAUCGAGGGCAUCGUCUCCCUGUCAGACAUCCUCCAGGCCCUGGUGCUAAGCCCUGCAGAUGCCUGUAAGGAGGAGAACCUGACUGAGUGAGAGGGAGGAAGCAUCAGCUGGAGUGGAGACGUGAUGGGAGUUAAUAAGUUGAAUGGUAUGGAGCGUGAGGCUGAGCAGAGCCAGUCUGAAGGUCCCAGAGACUCCUGCAACUGAUGCACUGUAGAGGCUUGGAAACCAAAGAGCUAGACAGAUGAAUGAAGUGGAGUUCCUGCACUGAGGAUUGAUUUUCUGAGUGUUUUUUUUUUGUUUGUUGUAUUUGAACACUGAUCACACACACACACACACACACACACACACACACACACACACACACACACACACACACACAGUAUACUGUAUUUAUACACACGCAUACACAGAGAUGCAUUAUGGUCAUCUGCUGGGGAAAGGUGGGAAAGUCGAGACUGGUUCUGAUGAAUUAGGGCUUCAGUGUUUUGCGUUGUGUAGUUACGAUCAUGCUGCUGUCAUCUGUUGAUUUUUAGUCUCAUUUUGUAGUCCAAUACUGAAUGUUAUCACUUCUUGCUAUGUGGUGUGGAAAGGUGGACAUUGAGGGAUGCAAUUUAUUGUUUGGUAGCAAAACUACACUUUACUUACAAUGUGGCCAUUACGGUUUGCCAGUGCCAAUAUAGAGGGAUUGAUGCCCAAUAUGUAUUUGUGCCUUUUUUGCUCUGCCAACACCUGUUAAAACUGUCAGUAAUUGUGGCCUUUGACUUUUUAUUGUCAAAUGAGUGCAAUUAUUUGGAUUUGUUUUAAUAAAUGGUUAAGAUAUCAAUGUGUAAUAGUUGGCAGAUUCAACCUUCUACUUCUCCAUUCAAAAAAGAUUUCCCUUUCAUUUGGUUGCAUAUUCUGUGAUUUUAAACCAUGUCAGAAGUGUCAAGAAUUUCUGUUAAAUAUAUCUUAUUCUAAAAUGAAAGUUCUAAAUAAAAUCAAAAUCAUUUAGGCACAAAAACAUAGUGGUCAGAGGGAAAUGCAACUGUACAUCAAUAAGGAUUCUAUCAGCCAAGAGCUAUGAGUGAGCACUUCUUUUACAUCUGUAGUCAUUUAGUCAUUGUGACUCAAGGAUGCAUUUUUGUAAUGUUAUUAAAAGACCGAAAAAUGUCUUUUUAGGUGUUUAAAAACUUAAAAAAAAAUUUACUUUCAGUUUUGAUGCUUCAGAUAAUCUGAUACUCGCAAACAUGCAACACAACUCUGUUAUCUCAGCUGUAGCGCGACAGGACUCAUCUCCAUCUUUGACUGUAAAUAGGAUCAGUUUCGGGAAACGUGUCACAUAAAGCUUUAUUUUUAUGAAUGUGUCAACAUGUUUAAAGAGACUGCAGUUUUAUUGUUAUUUUUGUAAAUAUAUUGUGGCAAUAUGUCCAGUUCAAAGAGACUUUGUAUAUGAUCAACAUGUACUGUAAAUGGGCAAGCAUGAGAAACUACACUUCAGCAGUAUGAAUGUCCUUUGUUUUACUUUUUCUAUUUUUCUGGCUGCACAAAAAUAAAUGGACACUGAAUGUACUUUAAA